AGUUUAUUUAUUUUAAAAAUUAAUUUCUAAUUAUUUAAGUGCUAAUUUAUAUGAGGAAAUAUGCGCUUGCUUAGCUGGCAAUGUCUCAGGUGGAAUGGGUGCAUCCCAAGGACUUGUCAAUUGAUUUGGCGUGCAAAAAACACACAAAGCCGGUUGCCAUUUUCGCAUUUUGCACUUAUCGAAAAUCAACAGCAGAGACAAAAACAACAAUUAAAGCGUCAAAAGUCUUGCAGCAAAAACAUGGUCAAGUAUCUGACUCAAGCAGAAGCCAUCGAACUGGACCUGGACCUGUUCGAGAUGUUCCAUGUGGGCCAGCUGAUGGAACUGGCCGGUUUGAGCUGUGCAGAUGCGGUGGCCGAGUGCUUUCCCGACCAGACCCAUCCGCGAGUGUUGAUCGUCUGUGGGCCGGGCAACAAUGGUGGCGAUGGUCUGGUCUGUGCCCGUCAUCUGUCCUUGAUGGGCUACCAGCCCACCGUUUACUAUCCCAAGCCCACACUGUUGGCGCUGUACGAGAAUCUGACCAACCAGUGCCACCACAUGGAGAUACCCAACGUCAAAAAGUGCCCCUCAGUGGCUGCUGCCGAGGAGGACUAUGACCUGAUUGUGGACGCCCUGUUUGGCUUUGGCUUCAAGCCGCCGGUACGCGAAGAUUUUGUGCCCCUGGUGAACAUGAUGCAGCAAACAAAGCUGCCCAUAGCCAGUGUGGACAUACCCAGUGGCUGGGAUGUGGAGAAGGGCAAGCAGACCGAUUGCGACAUUGAGCCCAAGCUGCUCAUCUCCCUGACGGCUCCCAAGCUCUGUGCGAAGCACUUCAAGGGCGAGCAUCACUACCUGGGCGGACGCUUUGUGCCGCCAGCCCUGCAGCGCAAAUACGAACUCAAUCUGCCGGCCUACGGCUCCAAGCUGGUUGUCCGGCUGCUCACCUAAAAUGCAAAAUUGUUUUGUGUGUAGGAAGAGUUUACUCUUUAAAUAGACACUGAUAACAUGUUAA